GCGCUUGCUCGUUCGCUCGUUCCUCUUCUGCUUUCCUCCUCUUUAACGAGACGUGCCGCGACUUCGAGCAGCGGGCUUCUCUUCUUCACAAUGAACGUACGGCGAAUGUUCCACGGACGCUGAAAGAAUUCUUCGGAACGUGUAAAAUUGGAAAAUCGGACCACUCUGUGGAAACAACUGUGGGAAUUUCCAAUGCGGGCGAAAGCGCGCCGUUGCUGAAAAUCUUGACCCUAGGCUGUCAAGAGGGGACCGUUGAGGCGACAGGUGCGCGUCGACGGAAUUAUCGCGAAGGACUUUUCGGUGUCAAGCGCUGCGCACGUCGCUGACGCGUGUAGGCCACGAUGUUCGGAACAUGCGCGAAAUGGAGCAACGCGAGGAAACGAUUGCGGGAAAAUAUGGAUUCGGAGAUCUUCUUCGAAAAGUACACGUUGUCGGAGGAAAGCAUAGUGAGGCUCGAAUCUAUCAGAAAAACGAUGCAGGAUAAUAUCGCCCGAGCCAAUCCGGUGUGGAGGGCGAUCGCAGGAGAGAGCGAAGAAAAGAUAUCUUCAGAAAGUGAGGACAGUGAUAAUGAUGAUGAUGCUCAGAUGAUAUCCAGUCAUUCGAUACUAGAACCAUCUACUCAGUUUUAUUUCAGUCAAGUUGAGCGAAUUAUACCUACAGCAGAUGCGGAGAAUAUUGCUCCGUUACAGAAGUAUGAUAUAUUAGAGUCUCUCUGUGAGAGCUUAGAAAGAAACAAUGGGAAAUUCGAUUUUGCUCAAUUGGAAAGCCUUUCUGAUGAGGAUCUUGUAUCACUAAUAAAUGAGCUGGCUAAAAAGUUAAGUCCAAAGGGCAUUUAUAACAUAUGCCAGUCGAUGAAGGACAUGACUGUCGAGGAGAAAAUGAAAUAUCUCAGUAUAUUGUGCACAUAUUUGUUACUACCAAAAAUUAUCGAACUUGAAGAGCCAUCUCGUUUAUUGUCCUCCGCAAUCAGUGAAUGUGUUAGGAAAUUCCCCGAUGAGGUCCAGCGGUUCAUAUUUCUUCCUCUUCUUGAUACUGAAUUGAAAGACACAACGUUGAUCAUUACCAUUAUAAACACAUUUGAAUUAGAAAAGAAAGCGGUACUCUUAAAAGAAUUCCUUGCAUUUGUCAAGGAACUGAAGUCAUGGCAUAUACCUGUUUUGCAAAACCUCUUAUCUAUAAGACUUGAUCAUGACAUGAUUGAUAAUGUUAUAAAACUAUUCUUGGGCAAAGCGCUUUAUUACUCCAAAGAUAAGAAUUUCGGGAAACUCGUAUUGUCGUUUUUAAAAAUCAACACAACGCUGUCGCAAGAGCAGAAAAACUCAAUGCUUGAGAUAACCAUUAUUCAUGAAACAUUAUUCAAAAAACCCAUAGAAAAUUUGUUGCGGAAUAUGUAAUCCGCUAAGUUAUCCGCGCUAAACAAAAUAAAAAAUUAUCUUUACGAUGAAAUAAUGAUGUAAAUAAUUUGUUGUAUAAGAAUUCCUGACUAGUU